AACACCGAAGUACAGUAGCUGGUUGUUGCCUUAGCCUCUCACCUUAGCCUCUCACUUUUCACAUUGAAUUAACUAAUUGUAGGCUACUUUAAAAACAUGAAAGCCAUCAGUCCUAUGAGAUCUGUCAGAAGCUGCUACGAAGCUGUCCGCUGCAUUUCGGAGCAGAGCCUCUCCAUCACCCGGAAUAAGCCAUCUAUGGAGGAACCCGUGGGCGCGUUGUGCGAUAUGAAUGACUGCUACUCCAAACUGAAGGAGCUGGUACCGAGCAUCCCACAGAACAAGUCCGUCAGCCAAGUGGAAAUUCUGCAACACGUCAUCGACUACAUAUUCGACCUACAAAUCGCGCUGGAAGACGAGUCUUCAGCGACAACCACGCCUGAUUUGGUGCUGUCACUAAAGAAUGCAGACCUUGCACGCAAUUUCUCCCAAGAAGAUGGACGGUUGUGCCGUUAAAGAGGAGGCAUAGGCCUAUAACGUCCAUAAAUGGUGCAGAGAAACACAUCUCCACUUCACUCAGGGCAAGAGGACAAUAGGGCCAGAAAGAUGGUCUGGGAUAGAUAUUUAGAGUGGGAGAGAAGAGGCCUCUUUAGUUCUCAGAUCUGGGCAAGAGAACAAGAGGGCCAGAAAGAAGGUCUGGGAUAGGUAUUUAGAGUGGGAGAAAAGAGGACUCUUUAGUUCUCAGAUGCAUGGAUGGAUCACCCUCUUGUUUUCUGUCCUCUUGUCACCAGAAGUGACAUAAACAACACACCAAAGCAGAAAAAGAUUUGAAUGGGCUCUCUCUCUGCCUCUGUCCCUCUCUCGCUCUGUCCCUCUCUCGCUCUGUCCCUCUCUCUGUCUCUGUCCCUCUGUCUCUCUCUCUCUCUGCCUCUGUCCCUCU